AACCAGAAGCAAUCAGUGAAUUCGCGUAGUUUUAAAAGCGAUUGCAAAUAUAUGCAACAAAUGUAUACUCGCUCUUUCAGCCCCACUGAUACAAAUGCAUGACAUUUAUUUAAACGAGCAUUCUUUAAACGAUUCGCAAAUAAUUUAAAGACGUGUAAACCAUUUGCAGAAUGACGUCAUUAAUUUCUUAGGUUUUUAUCAAAAGCGCGUUUCGGUGGUUUUGUGAGAGUGCGUUGGACAGAAAGGGAGGAGCCGCACUAAAUAAGGGGGAUGUUGAAGUUUCCAGAGGUUGAUGUCAGUGUAACUGGAUUCCUCCAGUCUGGGAACAACUGGGAACAAGAUGGCUGAGGGUGGACUGGAAAACUGCUUUUCCAAACUCUCACAAAAUCAGGACUGAAGCCACUCAGAGAAAAACAUGCAAGUUACUGUAAAUGACACGAUGAGCUCCGCUCGCGUCCGUCCUCAAGCACCGCAGGCCCAGGCGGCAUCCGCGCCCUCUCCGCCUUAUGAAGGGAUAGAGAUGGAAAAAAUGCAUCAUGAAGUGGGCCUCGGAGUGCCCGAAGAGACCCCCUCUCCACCCACCUCCAGCUCCAGACAGGCUUGGAGCCGGGAUAACCCAGGUUUUGAGCCGGAGGAGGGAAUGAUGGAAGCGGACUGGCCUCCGGCGAGCCCCGGCCGGAGGUCUGUGUCCACGGCGUCCAGCAGCAGCAUCAGCGCUCGGAUCAACAGAGGACUGUAUCCGACUCCAGCAGCACAGGAACACAGCAGCUGUGGGAAGAGGAUACUGCAAAAAAUGAGAGUGCUAUGGGAUACCCGUCUUUUGGGUGAGAGCAACAGCAACAGAGAGAUGUACCUGAAAACCAUCCUACGAGAAAUGAUCACCUACAUCCUCUUUCUGGUCACCCUCUGUAUAUUAACCUAUGGGAUGGUGAGCACCAACAUGUACUACUACACCAAAGUCAUGUCCCAACUUUUCUUGGAUACACCGCUGACAAACGGAGAACCGACAACCUUCAAAACUCUUUCAACCAUGGAGGACUUCUGGAAAUUCACAGAAGGCCCUUUUCUUAAUGGCAUGUAUUGGGAGUUUUGGUACAACAACAAGAGCCUCCCAGAAAACCAGAGUCUGAUCUACUACGAGAACCUCCUGUUGGGCGUCCCACGUCUCCGGCAACUCAAAGUACGCAAUGAGUCCUGUUCUGUCCAUGAAGACCUGCGGGAUGAGGUUUAUGACUGCUACAGUAUCUAUUCUCCUGCUAAUGAGGACAAAUCACCAUUCGGACCGAAGAAUGGCACGGCGUGGAGGUACUCUGAGGAGAGCAGGCUGGGUGAGAGCAGCUACUGGGGUCAGGUGUCGACCUACGGCGGUGGAGGAUACUACCAGGACCUGUCACGCACGCGAGAGAAGUCGGCCAAUCAGCUGCAGCAGUUAAAAAACAACCUCUGGUUGGACCGUGGCACUAGAGCAGUGUUCCUGGAUUUCUCCAUCUACAAUGGCAACGUUAACCUGUUUUGUAUUGUCAGGUUACUGGUGGAGUUUCCAGCCACAGGGGGAGCCGUGACCUCCUGGCAGUUCCAGACGGUGCGUCUUCUCCGCUACGUGUCCAGCUGGGACUACUUUGUGGGGAUGUGUGAAGUGGCCUUCUGCUUCUUUGUGCUGUAUUACCUGGUGGAGGAAGUUCUAGAGAUCCGCCUGCAUCGUUUGCGUUACUUCAAGAGCCUGUGGAACUGCUUGGAUGUUUUCAUUGUCGCGCUCAGCCUUCCAGCCAUCAUUAUGAACAUCUGCAGAACGUCAGCUGUCAGUCACAGACUUCACUUCCUGCUGGAGAACCACAGCACAUACCCCAACUUUGAGCCUCUUGCUCGCCUUCAGGUUCACUUCAACAACCUGGCUGCCGUCAUUGUCUUCCUCUCAUGGGUGAAGCUUUUUAAGUUUAUUAAUUUCAACAAGACCAUGAAUCAGCUGUCCACCACCAUGUCACGCUGUGCCAAGGACCUGAUGGGCUUCGCUAUCAUGUUUUUCAUCGUGUUCCUGGCCUACGCUCAGCUGGCGUAUUUAGUGUUUGGAACUCAAGUCAACGACUUCAGCACCUUCCAGGCCUGCAUUUUCACACAGUUCCGGAUCAUUCUUGGAGAUUUUGACUUCUCAGAAAUCGAAGAGGCCGAUAGCGUAUUGGGUCCGAUUUAUUUCACCACCUUUGUGUUCUUCAUCUUCAUGAUUCUUCUGAACAUGUUCUUGGCCAUCAUCAAUGACACUUACUCUGAGGUGAAAGCUGACAUGGCCCAGCAGAGGUCAGAGAUGGAGAUCACAGACCUCAUCAAGAAGGGCUACAACAGAGCGAUGGUGAAACUCAAGCUGAAGAAGACCUCCAUCAAUGACAUCCCAGACAGUUUGCACCAGGCUGCAGGCAAACUCAGCUUUGAUGAGCUCCGGCAAGACCUCAGAGGAAAGGGCCAUUCGGAUGCUGAGAUCGAAGCCAUAUUUGCCAAGUAUGACCUUGACGGAGAUCAGGAACUUACCGAGCACGAGCACCAACAAAUGAGAGAUGACCUGGAGAAAGAGAGAGAGGACUUGGAUCUGGAGCACAGUUCGCUGCCUAGGCCAGUGAGUGGGCGGAGCUUCUCACGCAGCCAGGACGACUCUGAGGAGGACGAUGAUGAGGACAGUGGACACAGCUCUCGUCGCCGUGGCAGCAGCUCAGGGGGCGUGUCAUACGAGGAGUUCCAAGUGCUUGUGCGUCGAGUGGACCGCAUGGAGCACUCCAUCGGCAGCAUCGUGUCAAAGAUUGACGCCGUUAUCGUGAAGUUAGAGGUCAUGGAGAGAGCCAAGAUGAAGAGGAGAGAUGUGCUUGGACGGAUCCUGGAUGGAGUCAUGGAGGAUGAGAGAAUGGGCCGAGAUCCAGAGCUGCACCGAGAGCAAAUGGACAGGCUGGUGAGAGAAGAACUAGAGCGCUGGGAGUCUGAUGACACCAUGUCACAGGUGAGCCACCAUCAGGCCACUCCCAUCAUCCCAUCAACUCAGCUCCGCCCACGCAGUUCCCGCUCACCCUCCUCUCUGUCCAACGAGGGCCCAGAUGGUGCGACCAGCGUGGCCGCCCACAUGUGAAGAGUUUUGAUUGUAAAAACAGCUCAUCAAGUCCACAAGUGACCUAUGGGUAAGCCCCGCCCCCCUAGCUACCGAAUCAACACUGUUCAUGUAUCGCAGGGUACGAUUAAAUUCAUGUGCUUUUAACCAGUUUAAUAUGAAGAGACAGUGUAGAACUUUGUGUUUUUGACCUACGCUGUACAAGACGCGAGAACAGUGAGUUCUUCGUACAUUAGCAUGAAGCGUGGACGCAUUAAUGUCUCUAGUUUUAACAAAUCUUCUUGAGCAGAUGAAAAUAGUGAUUUUAACGAGUGUGUGACAACCAGAAAAUGAAAGUUUUUGUCUUCAUCCGGAUCGACGCUGAAUGCUUAGGGGCGUUUUGCUUCGUUUUGUUCGAAUUCAGGAAAUUUUAUUGCCCAUCCUCCCGAGAUAGCUGGAAUCAGUGUUACAAGUGCUCUAGACACGUCGUUUUCCCUUUUUUUUUGAAGCACAAACCGCAUAAAAACGAGUCUUCCAGCGGAAACCUACAGAUGUCCGAGUUCCGCUCUCCGUGCAGCUGAUGCGCGACCGCCAUUGGCUCAUCUGCCUUUGAGGGGAGGGGCUUACCGAUAGGUCCGUUUGUUCUCCAGCGCAGUGCACUGGGCAGAAUUUACUCAAACGGUAUUAAAGGUCCGCCCCAAAGGCACAGCAGUAGAGUUAAAUAGUCCUGCAAAAAGCUAUUUAUUUGGGUUUCUUUAUAUUAAAGUUAACAGGGCUUUAUAAUGCGAAAGUUAAAAUGUUUUUUAUGGGACAAGGAAGUUCUAAAACACGGUUUCAUUAUUACUAAAUAAAAACACAGUUGUGUGGAUAUGCUAAUGAAACUAAUUAGAUUUUAAGAUCAGCCAGUGGCAGCUUAGCUUUGGUUCGCUCGUAUUAACAUGUAUUAACCAGGUACAUUUAAAUGCAUUUUGAAAUUGAGGUACAUUUUGCUUUUUCUCUUAGCUAUGAUUACUUUUAUUCAGCGUCUUAUUAUGCAUUCAUCCCAAAAAUUCUCUUAAACCAUUUUCAUUACAUUAGUAGCAGCCUCUAAGCAAAAAAAAUGUAAUUGAUACAUCUACUGUAUGUGAACCUUUAUAGUCACAAAAAAAUCACCUUGUCACCAUUUGGUUAUAUGUUAUUGUAAAAAUGGCUUGGAAAAAAAGUAUAUUGUGUAUAUUUUAUAUCACAUUUUUUGUACUGUAUCCUACUACGGUUGAAUGCACUGCUUACAGUGUGGAUGAAAUGCAGUUUUUAUUAGAUAUGCAUUACGCUUUCACAGUAUUAAAGUCCACAGUAUUAAAGUCCAUUUACAUCCGUAAUGAAGAAACCAGAUGGAAAGUUUACAGUAACGAAUGUAACGAAGGAUAUGAUGUUCAACAAGGAACAGUAUGUUUAUGUAUAUGUGAUGAAAUGGAAUAAUGUCUGAAAAUAUAGCUUAUAAUGCAUUUCUCACAUGAAAAGUAAACGACGAAGGCGGUCACACAAUGUUUUAUAUAUAAACUGUGUAUUUGGUAAUGAGCUUCGGUGCAAUUUUCCCUCCGUUUGCGGUUUGCUUUGCAUCUCACCUCGCUUUAGUACAAGCGCUGCAUGGUUUGCCGAACAUAUACACAUAUAUUUGUAAUAAUUUUGAUUCAAUCAUUUUGAUACGUUUUGCGUUUUUUUUAAACAAACUUCGAUUUGGAGUGCAUCUAAUUUCAUGGGAAACCCAUGUGUAUUUGUCUUAAGAUAGGAUUUACAGAGCUUUUCAUGAUUCCCUAAAUGUUACGUGUGUUGUUUCUGCGCAACUAGCAUCAAUUUUCAGAAGUUGUAUGAAUAAACAGGUGGUCACUUGUGCCAAAUGGGUCGCUCAAACAAAUCGGUGUUUGUUGCUGCUAAAGAACCAGAAAUUAUACACUACUUCUUUUAAAAGCUAAGUGAAAAGUCAACUUUUUUUUUUGUGCAAUUUCCUCUGUAACUCUCUGUGGUACUCUACAGUUUAAUAUGACAGUCAUUCAUAAUAAAAUCCAUUCAGACUCA